CUGCGUGGAAGUCGCCAUCUUGGAAACAACAGCCGGUCGAAACGCGUAUUUUUAUUGAAAUAUUGAUCAAAUAAACAAUUUUAUGCGAUAAUACUCAAUUUAUUUAGCCAUGGAUAUACUAUAUUGUUUAUUUACUGUGUUAGCAAUGUAUUUGUGCAUUGCUUAUGCAAAUGAGUUGACAUUUGAACUGCCUGACAACGAAAAACAAUGUUUUUUCGAAUCGGUAGAAAAAGGAGUCGAAAGUACCCUAGAGUUCCAGGUGAUCACCGGCGGACAUUAUGACGUGGACAUGGAGCUGACAGCACCCAAUGGAAAGGUGCUGUACAAGGAUGUUAAGAAACAGUAUGACAGUUUUACUUGGAAGGCAGAGGAGUCCGGAGUAUUCAAGUUUUGUUUUAGCAAUGAAUUCUCCACUUUUACCCACAAGGUAGUGUAUUUUGACCUUGAAGUUGGAGACGAGGAUGACCAAGUCUUCAAGAACGUUGAUGCUCAAGCCACAGCUAUGACCUUUCUUGAAACAUCGGCCGUGAACUCGCAUGAGUCACUUACAGACGUUCUUGACUAUCAAACUCAUCAUCGCAUGCGUGAAACUCAGGGGAGAAAGCACGCUGAAGAUUUAAACAAACGAGUUAUGAUGUGGUCCAUCGGACAGACAUGCGUCAUUUUGUUAAUCGGUCUUGGACAGGUUUUGGUGUUACGAAGUUUUUUCACGGAAAAGCGUGGCGGACGAGCGCCGUGAUUAUAAGACUGUGUUCAAUUAAUUUUAUUUAGGAAUAUUUAUGUUUGAAUAAGUAUCAUUGUAUAAUGCACGUUAUAGUUUCACAAGGUCUGUACAGCUGGUGUCAAUUGACCAUAAAGUUGGGCUCGAAUAAUGUUCAUAAACUAUAUAACACACAGUUGGCCUUAAAGCAAGUAAUACAUGUAUAAAUAUGGGUUUGAAUAACACUCAUAUCAUUACAUGCACAUUUUAGCUUAAAACAAGUUAUAUAUAUAUGUGUCUGUUGCGCACUAAAGUUUAAGAUAUGCCAAUCAUAGUUAGGGAUUUUUUAAGGCAAAAAAGGUUUAUAAAGUAAUGCUUUUUCUCCUGUUCAGUCAUAAAAAGCUAUUUAAUUGAAAACAAUGCAGUAAUUUAUUGAAAUUAAUUUUGAAUUCUUUGGUUUGAGAAAUAAUGGAUUUUUUUUACAGAAACAAGGUUUAUAAUGUAAUACUUUUUCUCCUGUACAAUUGUUAAGAUGUAAAGAUAUUAAAAUGAAAUCAAUGAAGCCAUUUAUUGAAACAGCUUUCGAAUUCUUUGGUUUGAUAUAUUAUGGAACAGCAGUCUUCCUUUAAUUAGAAUAAACGUUUUGUUUUGUUUUUUUCAUGGUCAAUUGACACUGGCAUUAUAAACAUUAUCUCUCUAUUUCAAUGAAAAAAGGAGCAAAGUUUGUUAUAUAUUUUUAUGAAAUAGAUAAAUAAGAAAGAAAGAAAAAUAAUUAGAAUUGUAUAAUUAUAUAGAAAAUGAAAUCAUUCUUGCUCUUAUUUCAAUUAAGAAUGAUAGUACAUAAUGUUCCAUACUGAAUCUUAUGAAAACUCAGUGCUCCUGGCUGAGCUAGACCUAAAUAGCAGGGCCGCAACUCCCUGCCCUUUUCCAGCACCCUGCUGCGUUUUGACUACAUUCUGACUACACUCUGACUGCUACACCCUAUUGUUUGAAAGAGUCAAUUUUCAGAAAUUAUUAUAAAAUUAAUAGAUAUACAUAAUUUUUCCAUUACAGUAAGAUAACAGCUUAAAUGUAUUUAAGCCAUUCCAACAUCAAAGAAUUCAUUCAUAUAUUUUUUAUUAUAGAUAUAUAACAAUUCAGAUAUGGUUUUCUUGCAAGAUAUUUUUGUUUGACACCAUCUCAAGUGAAUCUUUCAAGAUCAGCUUCUAAGAUUGCUUCACUCUCUGCUGAAAGCUUGAAAGAAGCAAUUGAGUUGACAUAAUUGUCAUGUCUAAAAUAAUUUACACUUUCUUAAUUUUUGUCUCCUAUCUAUUUAGACUAAUUGUUAUUUAAACACCUUUUUGCUUCUUUUAAUAUUUUUCUGACCAAAAAUUGAAAAAUUGAUAAUUUCACAUCCAAAGCUUGCAAAAUAAGUAAUUUCAUGUCCAAAGAUGUAAAAAAAUAAAUAAUUUAACAUUCAAAGAUGGAAUAAUAGAUUCACAUCCAAAGAUUGCAAAAUAGGUGAUUUCACAUCCAGAUUUUGCAAAAAAUGGUCAUUUCACAUUGAUAUCACAUCCUAAGAUUGCAAAAUAGAUAAUUUCACAUCCAAUUACAGUUGAGACAAGAACAAAAGCACAAACUGCAAUUAUUAUACUUACCGUAGUGUAUUUUCAGCCCUAUAUUUACACAUAUAUAAGUAUUUAGCAAGCAAUAUACAUCAUGUCAGAUGAUAUGACAAAUAUAAAGGGUCAGCAGGUAUCAAAAUUUAACAUUAUUGCCAAUGGCUGGGUGAAAUGGCAAGCUUUUUUGUAUAUCAGACACCUUAAGUUGUUUCAGAGGUGUUAAGUUUGUAUUCACUUCUUUUAAUGGAUAGUUCAGUCUUUUUUGUUGAUUUUAAUGGCAUGCUUAUACACCAGAGCGAUGAUUUAUCAUUGUCAAACCUCUGAUGAUCGAGAAUGUUCAAUGGGUGCAGAUUGCAUAAUAUGUUCAAUAAUGAUUAUUCAAUCACCAAGAAUUGCAUGUUGUAAUAUCAUAGAUAUUAUGUAGCAGAGAUACGGGGAUUUCAGUUCACUUGUCAGAGUUUUGAAUGUGUCCAAAUGUCUAUUCUAGAAAUCCAUAAGCAUGGCAAAGUUUCUCAUCUCACUUUUAAAACAGUGGCGAUAAUAUGGGAGGGCCACGUCAAAAUCUUCUUUUGAAUAAUUGAAUAUGAUUGAAUGGUUCAAGUACAGGGCCGAAUUGCAAUAGACUGGUAAGUUUGCACAUGCAAGCAUUUUGAUUGGACAACAGUCCUCAUUGGAUAAUUAUUGACCAAUGAAUAAACAUUUUUGUCUAACUUUAACCAAACCAAUGAAUUAGCUGGUGUUAUACAAUUGGCUGUUUUUUAUAUUUUAGUUUACAGACGAUAUUGGAAAAGGGUAUACAUACACACCAAACCAAACACAAUUUUUUCAGAAAAUUAUUAUUUUAUUGAAAAUAGGGAGUCACUUUCCUUAAAUUGAUGAAUGGAAAAAAUGUGUUAUUAUCUAAUCAGUACCAUACCUUGCAUGUUUCUUACCAGUGUUCAUGUAAACAAAUACAGCCUGGAAAUUUAAAUGUUCUAUGGGUUUCUCUAUUCAGAUAUGGGAUUGUCAUGCGCAUGCUACAAAUUAAAGUGAUAUCUUAUAAGAUAUAAAAGGGUAAAUCCUGCAAAUGGCCAUCCUCGAAUAGACACUGUGUUGUUUUUACUGUAUUUAGAAGUCAUGUUCAUACACAUAUAUAUCACAAAAAAUGCUUGCUCACUUUAUAUACAUGUAUUAUAAUGAUUGCAUAUAGCAAACCAUUGAAAGUAACAUUUAUUUGUGUUUUGUAUACAUGUAAUGUUAUCUUUUCAUAGUGAGAAUGUUGAUUUUUUGUGUUUUUAAUUUAUGCUCAGGAUGAUAAAUGGAUGUUUCAUAUUUAGCUCCUCAGUUUAUUUGUUGUCAAAGUUUUGCUGUUGUUGUCAAUAGUGUCAUUGUUGUGCAGGACUUUUAAUGUUGGUUAUGACUUUAAAAACAUUCAAGAUACUAAAAUGAAACUUGGCGUUUUUGUUUCUGGAGACCAUGUGCUGAGUUAAGCCAAAUGUAGGACUUACAAACAACAGAUGAGCGUUAAAACAGGGCCACUAUUCACAUAGGUCUUGGGUCUCAGUUUGAGAUUCUCACACAGUAAAAACAAUUUUUUUAAAUUGAUGUUAAACAGCUAUUAAAGAGCAAAGUUGUUAAAAUUGCUGUUGUUUGCCCUGCGCUCUUGUUGUGUGGGUCACUUGCACUUAUUUUUGUUAAUAUUAUAGUUUUGAUUGGCCUUAGAUUACUCAAAUCAGUAACAGCGAGUUUGAAAUCAAUUCUGUUUUGUAUUUCUUGAAUGUCCAUAAGCAAACAGCUAACCAUAUAGAUCAAGAAUCGUAAGCUUACCUGGAACUCAAGUUAUAUUGUUUGAAAUUUAAAUAGUAAAAAUGUUAAAUUUUGGAAGUUGUAUUUUACGUAAUUUUUACUCUUCUAUUAAAUCUGCACUCACACAGAUUGACUGUUUUGACAACUUUGUUUUGUUUUUGAAUGAGCCAAUAUUUGUGUAAAUACCUAGAGACCAGUGUUAUUAGAUUGCUGACAAAAGAUCAGAUCACAGGUAAUGAGUUUUUUUUAUAUUUUUUAUAUUUAUGUUAGAAAAUUAAUGCUUGAUUGCUAAAAGCGUUACUCACAUUUUAAGAAAAAUAAAUUAUUCGGAAGUGUUUGAAACAAUUAAGAUCUGUUCUAAUGUUAAAUCUCUUAUUUGUCUCAAUGGAAUGUAUUGAUUCCAAAAUCAACUGAUUCUGUUACAAAAAUUAAAAGAAAAAAUCAAAACUGUCAAUUAUGUGAGAGUGCAGCUUUAAGAAGUAAGAACAGUGUAAUAACUUUUGACUUAUGUCAUAAUGAAUAUGUUGAAAAUGUAUUUGCUACAUGUAUAUACGUUUAUUGUAUUUUAGCACUAUUUGCCAUCAAAAAAGUACUUAUGAUAAAAAGAGAAUAAAACGUGAAUGUUCAUCUGAUGCUUAUUAAAAUUGUUGAUUUAAAUAGAUAAAAACUCGCAAAGGUUUGUUUCAAUUAAAGUAUAUUAGUUUAACACAUUUCCUUUUUAAUCAACCAUAUUCGUAUUCAAUUCAAUGAUGUAAUAUUAUCUUAUUUAAUAACUAUGCACAUUCAAUAUACAUGAAGUCUCAAUGAAAAUCCACACUGUUUGAUGUCUGUAAUGAAGAUUGUAUGAUCUUCUGUAAAUAUUGCUGUAAUUUUAUUUUUACCUAAUACUUCCUUGAAUUGUCAAUAAACCAUUACGAUGUU